AUGGCGACGGUCCGCCUGCCUCAAAAGCCGAUCAAAAAAAUACUGAUACGCUGGCGAAAUCGCCUCGAUAGCUUUGUAGCCAUAUCGUACAUUAGGAGACGCCAUGCAAUGUUUCGGGAACGGAGAUCCCCGUACCACUGCAAGUCCCGAGAACAAAGGCGCUUUUGGGAGGGGUUGGAUGACAUCGUUCGUUGUAUUCCGCCUUCCGAGAGGUUAUUCAUAGGAGGAUAUUUCAAUGGUCAUAUUGGGUCGUCUGCAAGUGGUUAUACUGAGGUGCAUGGCGGCUUCGAUUUCAGGGAGCGGAACGGAAGGGGCACUUCGCUGUUGGAGUUUGCCAAGGCAUUCGAUCUAGUGACUGCGAACUCAAUUUUUCCGAAGCAGGAGGAUCAUUUGGUUACUUACCAAAGUUCGGUGGCGAAGACUCAGAUUGACUAUCUCCUCCUCAGGAGAUGCGACAGAAGGUUGUGCGAGGAUUGCAUAGUUAUCCCAGGUGAGACCCUUGCAAUGCAACAUAGGCUUUUGGUGAUGGACAUUGGUAUUAUGAUAAGGAGGAAGAAGAGGUCAGUACGAGGCCACCCGAGGAUUAGGUGGGGCGCCUUGACUAAGGAUAAAGCUCAGGAGUUGGAAGAAAGGUUAUCGGUAAUGGAAGCUUGGAGAAGUAGUGGGGACGCAAACACUAUGUGGUCGACGAUGGCGGACUUUGUCCAAGGUAAAGUAGAAGCGAAGAAGGCGGCUUACCUGCGGUUAGUAGGGAGCACUGGCGAGGAGGAGAAGAGAGCGAACAGUGAGAGAUAUAAGGUAGCUAGGAAGGAGGCGAAGAUGGCAGUAACGGAGGCUAAGACGGCAGCUUUUGCUCGUCUGUAUGAGGAACUAGGGAACAAGGGCGGGGAGAAGAAGUUAUUCCGACUCGCUAAGGUGAGAGAGAGGACGGCUCGGGAUCUAGACCAAGUGAGGUUCAUAAAAGAUGAUGACAGCAAAGUUUUGAUGGGGGAUGACCAGAUUAAGAGGAGAUGGCAGACCUACUUUCAUAGACUUCUAAAUGAAUAA